GUAUGUUUCGCACAUGCGCAGUACAAAUCGAGUUUCCGGGAAUCGAGUAGCAACACUCCCGUUUACAGGCUUGGACUAAAGGUAUGUUAAACACUUAAAUAAACAAAUUAACUUCGUGGUUGUGCGACAGAGUCAUUUACUAAAUACUAAAUAAGUAUAUUGCUUAAAAGAUAGAGAAAGAUUUUACUCACUGCGUUUUCUCUGUUUUUGUCCGUCGUAAGAACUCACGGUGUCGCAGCGACAUCUAGCGGUGGGUCCACCACGUUGCUUGGACUUUGAUAUCAGAGCGAAGUUUUACAGUUUUACAAAGAAGAGCGAAACUAAAUACACUCACUAUAGCCUACUAUAACUUUACUAUAGCUUUUUGAGUACUUGUGCUUUUCUAAGCAGUUCUAUAAAUUAUAGUAUUGCGUAUUUUCUUUGGUUACACUUGUAUUUCACUGUAUUUUGCAAGUAAUUAAAAACUAUCUUAGCAGAUUAAGUGCAUUAACAGACUAAAAGUUUUACUUCUGCCUAUGUGAAAUGUCAUUGAAGUAACUAAACUUUAUUAUUAUAGUACCCAGGGAUGGAAAGAGUAUUAAAAUAUCCUACUUUUAAUUCAAGUGCUUAGAGGUGAAUUUGCUGGUGUUAACAUCUCCUUCCAUGCUUAAUAAUACAAACUUCAACAGCCAUCAUGCUGAGACUCUUACUGUCCAUAUGAUCUUAAAAACACUUUAAACCUUUAACUUACAAAUAUGCCUUUUUAGUUUUUACUCCUGAAUGCAACAUGGUAAUUCUGUGAACUCUUCUGUAAUCAUGAUAAAAUUGUCUGUUAGUUUGUCAAAUAGAUUUGAGGUGAGGGUGUUUUUUCAGAUUCCUGUAUUUGCUCGACUGUUCACAGGUUUAUGAUGGGAGUGGACUGGAUUGGGUUCGCCUAUGCUGCAGCCAUCGCUCUCGGUGGAUUUAUGGGCUACAAGAGAAAAGGUUGAAAGCUCACACUUGAUAAUCUUCGUCAAUCAGCUAACCACACUCUGCUGUGAAAGAACAUUUUAACCCCAGAUAACAGUGUGUAUCAUAAUGGUGUCAUCUGUUUCAAUGCAGGCAGUGUGAUGUCCCUGAUGGCUGGUCUAGUGUUUGGUGGAUUGUCCGCUUAUGGUGCGUACAAUAUCUCCAAUGACACAAAGGACAUCAAAGUCUCAUUUUGUGAGUAUUGAUAGACCAAUUCAAACUGGCUGAUUUGAUAGAGAAAUUUUCAAAUGAUCAUUCUAUAAGCAUCACAUAAUUUCUUUUUUACAGUGGCAGCAGGAGUCUUGUCUCUCGUAAUGGGAAUGAGAUAUAAGAAAUCCGGCAAACUAAUGCCUGCUGGCAUCAUGUCAGGACUGAGGUCAGAGUCAGACUUGCCCAACAUGCAGUAAAGUUCACCAAGAAUUGUGAAGUAUGUGGUGAAAUGUUGCUUUUAUGAGGGUUUCUGACUUACUCUCUCUUUCUCACAGUCUGUUGAUGGUGUUUCGGCUGUUGCUCCUCCUCGUGGGGUUAUUGUAAGAACAACAUAGAUGAGAUGGAGAGAUUCCUGUCUCUCGAUGAAGAAGCCUUGUUUUAAAGGAAACAUCAUUCCCUGUUUGGAUACCUAAACAAGUUCUGUUGAUCGUGUGACCAAAAUCCUUGCACAUGCCAUCAAUAGGUGUUUAACAAACUUCAGAUUUGAUAAUUAUCUUGUAACACAGUGAUUCUCAACCCUUAGAUUAAGUGAUAAUUUCCCGUGGUUUCAUUAGAGUCUCAUCAAUAAUUACAUUCUUGAAUUACUGACUUGGUACCGAUUCUUACAUUGCUGGUUCCAGUGACAUACUUUGCUUUAAACUUGCAGCACAUUUACAACAUGAGGUGAUGAGUCUAUGGCAGUGAACACUACAAUACCACUGCACUGACUCUAAAGGGUUGAGAACCACUGUUACUGCUGUAUAAAUACCCACAUGUUUAAUUGCACUAAUAUAUUCUUUCUUUUGAGCUUUCUUUUGUGUUGGCAGAAUGUUUGUCUACACUAUGACCAAGAAAGAGGGAAUUUCUCUCUUGACCACUUACAGUACAGCAGACUGUACAUAAAGUAGCUCUUAAUAUUUGAGUUAUAUGUGUGAUUUUUUUGUAAUAAAAGCAAACUAAAUAAAUAAACUCUUAAAAUGAACUUCCAUGUAUGAAAGGUGUGGUGUUUAAUAGACUCAGCAAGAGUUUUCUUCAAAAAUAGAAAAUUUAUUUUGCAGAAUUUUCACAGUGAAAUAGCCUCAUGGUGCUAUUUAAGAUUAUUAUAAUUGCUUCAGUUCUGGUCAGACCUGCAUUUUAUGAUGAACAGUGUACCGAAUAACCAAAAAAUUAAGGGAAAUGGUAUUGAUUCAUAUGCAGAAUAGGAUAUCCUUAAAUAUGACUCUAAAGCGCCAGUGAGAGAAAUGUCCCUUUACUAGAGGGAUAUUUUUUUAACGUCAAACACCUCCAUGACGGUUUUCACGUAGUGCUCAUCAGGCUGCGGCUUCCUCUUGCUGCCUGGUUGCAGGAAUUUCUUAAUGGACAAGUUCUCCGUCAUCCUGCCCUGGAAAGACUGGAGAGAAGCGUAGAAGCAAGUUAUUUAGAAGUGCACACAGCUGUGAUCACUAUACUAGAACUUCAUAGGAAGACAUUUACCUUGAUGUUGCGGAAAUCAGCAAGGAUCCCUGGAAAUUUCUCCUCCAACAUCAGGGUGCAUUCAGUCAGCAGGACAUCUGCCAUGCUAUGCUUACCUCCCACCAGGUGAACAGUAUCACACAACACCUGAGAAAAGCAUAGAACAUCUUAUUUAACUAUCUGUAACAAACAAAUGUGUCAUUUCAAACCAAGAUCGUUUAUUGUUUGUACCUUUUCGAACACAGGAAGGUAGCGUUCUUUUGCUUUAGUUUCAAUGUUUUCCAGUCUGGGUUUGGGGUCUUGAGUGAAGGGCAGCAUCAUGAUCAUCUCCAUCAAAUCCAUCACUCCCUCUGAGUACAUGUUGAUCCUGAAGAGAGCCAGAAUGAUAAACUGUAACACAUUCAUCUCAUAAAACCUGACAAUACAAUGAUGGUUCUGCUGUUUAUUAAAAAAUACAACAUACAUGACACGGUCUUUAAUGUCCUUUCCAUGGAGAUUGUACUUUUCUGCAAUGUAAUUCAAGAUGGCCUUUGUCUGAAUAAGCUUCAUGCCAUCAAUCUCCACCAUGGGAACUUGUUGAAACAUGAGUGACCCAUCUGGAAGAACAACAACAGCAGAUCACUCAGGUGGACACUCCCAGGUAGUACACACAUUUCUAUUGUGAACUCUAACUCUGUGCACAGGUCAAACAGCAUAGUGAGGCAUUUGCAUUCAGAUUAUGUCUUUUUCCAAGGUUACAUCACAUGUAGGUGGAAGUUGACUGAAAACCGAGGCAAAAGGCGAGUCCAAGCUGAAAACUUCAUGUGACUUGGAUACAGUCCAAAGAAUACACUGACACGGUUUUAGGCUCGAAAAGAGUUUGAUUUUUUUUAACCAUUUACCUUUUAAAAGUUCCACAUAUUGUUCCCGUUUUGUCAGAAACACCUCCUCAAACUGUGAAUAUAAAUAUCAGAAGUAUUUUUAAGAAACAUCACGUGGGUUCAAGGUUCCACUCUAGAAAAAUAUAAUCAGAUAAAUAAAAUGUUUAUCUUGUAUAAACAUCUCCUUUAACUUACCUCAACCCCUGCAAAUGUCAGCAGCCAGCGGAUUGACUCCAUUUUCCCCCUUCCGUUGAAGUAAUAAAGCACAAUUUUGUCUGCCAUGGCUGCAGCUUGUUCUCAAUGUUUAUAUCUCAAAACCUAAAAGACACAGACGAGAAAACACGAAUUACUGACUGGAAAUGCAUGGAGCAUGGAGCAUAUCUAAGCCCGGACGAACUGAUUGAUCCAUACCUGCACGACGGCAACAGUCGAGUGAAAUUCAGGUGAAGUGGG